AAAGUCUUCCGUCAUUCCUGAGCCUUCACGCAGACCACAGGCUGCUUCUUUUUUUGCACUUCUGUUGUAAUGAGCCUGUGAACAUUCACAUUGGCUUGGCUUCGCACCUCGGCAGGGCGCGUUCGACUCGCGAAUUGCCACAUUCAGCACUACGCCAUCCCAUCCUGCAUAAGUCGGUGUCAGCGGCGGUGGGCGCACGACGACGGUGACUCAAACGACACAGACGGCGACUCUCCAACCAGCAAGAAAGAGCAAAGGAGCACGACUGAGGAUCAGGGCGUCAAGAAGAAGGGCAGAGACUCGUCGUUCUUGAGCCCAUUUCCGAGACGGACUGGCACGAAAGCUGGAGAAAAAGCAAGACCUCGUACCAGAUCGGCAGACGGCCAUGCUAGCGGCUCGCCGGUGACUUCUCGUGUCGUAGCUUCUGGCAAUAAGGAUGCUGGCGCCCAGGAAGAUAAGACAGAUUGUUCACCCCUCAAGCCCGUGACCAAGAUCGAGGAGAAGAAACGCAUUCCUUCCAGUGCUGUAGUCGAGGUGUUGUCCAAGCUAUCAAACAGGCCUCUGUACUUCUUUCGAGACGAACGUAUCAAUCCCAGUCUAGAAGAUCGGUGGAAGUCCUACCACGCACAGAAGAACGCUCGACCUUCAACGAUGAAGUCGUACAUACAGAUCUUGACGGUGCCGACAGCCGACACAUCUGGGGCAUGCCUUCUGCUCCAUUUCGACAACAGACGCUACUUGCUGGGGCACAUGGCUGAGGGCACCAUGCGCGCCUUAAACGAGCUCAACAUCUCGCUGCGCAAAGUGCAGAAGAUUCUCGUGUCGGGCCGGACCAGUCGCGAGACGACCGGCGGCCUGCUAGGCCUGCUUCUCACCAUGGCUGACGCGAACGCGUCGGCGGCAGCUGAACUCAAGAGUCAAGGCAAGACGCCAAAGUCAGAAAGCGGGCUGGUCAGCGAUGAGAUCGAGGUGUUCGGACCCCCCAAUCUGGUGCACAGCGUGGCCGCGGCGAGGAAGUUCAUCUUCAGAAAGAGCACGCCGACGCGCAUACGGGACGUGAAGGACGAGGCGCCCGUGAAGAACGAGUCGGGAGAAAGGCUGCCGUCGAUCGUCGAUCCAAACAUGGACGUCUUUGCGUUGGUCGUGAAACCGAACGGGUCGGAGCGAGACACGAAUGAGGAGGUUCAAGAACCGUCUGAAGGUGUCGGCGAUGACGAGAGUGCGGAAGAUCUCGUCAGGCAGCGUAUCAUCGACGACAUGUUCAAUUCCAAAUGGCGCUUAGAUUCGCUCGUUGAGACCUACCUCAAGGACGUGGUCAUGCCUGCCAAGAUCUGGGUGCGCAAUCACCAAACAAAGGAUCUGGAGCUUUAUCAAGGUCCUCUACCCGGUGGUGACGGACCACUCCCGAACCCUUUUCUCAAAGUGUUUGUACGCAAUCCGUGGCCUGCAAGCCAGGUCGCAAAGCUGCCACCUACAUCAGCAACGAGGGAGGCUGUCUCGUAUAUCGUGCGAGGACGUUUACUGCGAGGAAAAUUCGAUAGAGCCAAGGCGGUUGAACUGGGUGUACCUCCCGGUCCUCUCUUUGCGCAGCUUACGAAGGGAAACUCGAUCAAGCUAGACAAUGGGUCAGUGGUUGAGCCUCAUCAAGUUUUAGGCCCGGAUAUUCAGGCCGGCGGAUUUGCACUGUUAGACCUGCCGUCAGAGGAAUACAUCGAAGGUCUCCUCGCGAAGGAAGAGCUUAACUCCGCACAAGUCACAGCCGGCGUGGGCACCUACUUUUGGCUCCUCGGACCUGGCGUUUCCGACAAUCCGGCCCUGCAGCAAUUCAUACUCGACAGGCCGGACAUUGAGCACAUCAUCUGCUCACCAGACCACAGCAAAAACCAUCUUGUUGCCCUCGGCGCCGCGCAGAGCGCCAUCAAGCUCGCCCAGGUAGACCAGUCCUGUUUCCCCGUCCCUUACUUUGACAACUCCUCCUCGCCGGCCCCCAAUUUCAGACGCGAGGCAGGGCUCUGGGCCCGAGACGUGGACCCGCAAUUGGACUUGUUUGCGCUGCCGAACGUCACGCUCGCGCAGCGAGGCAUAACGGUCCAGCUGGAUCCCAAGCUCGAAGUACAAGAGUCAAGUGCGGUGCCGCCUCUCGACACCAUGAAACUGAUAUCGACGGCCCAGUCGCAGGAGGUAAUUGAAAUUGCCAACGAGGUGCACAAAGCAUCUGUUCAGGGCUCUCUUGCGCAAGAACUUGAAGAAUGGAGGAAAUCAGUCCCGUAUAGCAACGUUGAGGUCGUCACUCUUGGCACAGGCUCCGCAAUGCCGUCGCGCUACCGUAAUGUUUCCUCCACGCUUGUCCGCGUACCUGGCUGGGGCUCUUACCUGCUUGAUGCGGGCGAAAAUACCAUGGGGCAGCUGCAGAGAGUUUACACGCCGAGUGAACUUGUAGACGUGCUCAAAGACUUACGCCUGAUUUGGAUUAGCCACGGCCAUGCAGAUCACCAUCUGGGAACCGCGAGCGUUAUCAAGGCUUGGUUUGAUGUCGUACAUGGAAAGGCGACAAAGUGCCCGCCUAUGUCACCGGAAGUUGCGAAAUCUUUGCUCGAAACGAUCAAGAAAGACCCAAGUUAUCAAUCCCCUAAGCCAUUCGAUGAGCGACCCAAAUAUCUGGGCGUGAUGGGCAGCCGCUUUCUGAUCGACUACCUGGACGAGCUUUCGAGUGUGGAGGACUUUGGCUUCACGCACGUAUUGCCUCUCGUUCCCAUUCCAGGCGAGGGCCAGAACCCAAAUCGCGCCAACGCCAUCUUUCCGCGUCCCGGGAUCGUGCUGAACAAACCGACGCCGUGGAUGAGCAAAACCCGUCUUGGACAACACUUGCUCAAAGGGUUGGUUGGUCUUUCUCGCGCCGUUGCCGUCAACGUUGAGCACUGCAACGCAGCGCGCGCACUUCUGCUGCAGGCUCCGAACAAAUUUUCAGUCGCUUACAGCGGCGACUGCAGACCCUCGGGCACGUUCGCAUGGGUAGCUAAGAACUCGACCGUGUUGAUUCACGAGGCAACCUUUGACGAUGAACUCAAAGGGGAGGCGCGAGCGAAGAAACACAGCACUGUGGGGGAAGCGAUCGGAGUUGCCAGUCUCAUGCAAGCAAAGUCUCUCAUUCUUUCCCACUUCUCACAACGGUACCAGAAGAUCCCCGUCCUGGAAAACAUCUGGCGCGACACAGAGGAGGUGGCAAAGCAGAUUGUGAAGGAGACGGAUAAAGAACCGAACGGUGAGGCCAAGGGGCCCGGUGCUGGUGAGGAAGUGGAUGAAAUUGCCCCCGAUGCCGAGGAUCUACCUGUCGUUGACGUUGGAGAAUCGACGGCACAGUCUGGAAACGCGGAAAACAUGGCUCUAGACGAUUCAGAAGAUGAGGACUUGGACCUUCAGCAACAAGCACCAUCCUUGCUGCCUACGCCGAAGAGGAUGCCGAUACUCUUCUCAUUCGACUAUAUGCGCGUUUGCGUCGGAGACAUUCCCAAGAUCCAAGCGUACCGCCCAGCCCUCGCGAAGCUUUUUGAGGAAGAUAUAGAGGAGCUCGAACGACGACAGGCAAAAGCCGCUUCGAAUGCAGCGGCGGCGGCAAUGCAGUCCCCCAAACGCCAAGGCAGCGUUCGGAAGAAGAAAGAUUCUAAAAUGAGAAAGGUGGAAGUCGAGCAGAAGGAUGGGCUAGCAGUGUCGUUGAUGGAUGCUUGAGCAGAUGUCGACGCUCAGCAGCACAAGUUCACAUAGAAUCAUGCGAGAUCUAGACAUCGAGGAAACCGUAGAAAUGGUCUUUGAUUUAAGAGCUCCAGACUCAAUUGCGUACAUACGUUGAAAAGAGGCCCAAAUCAUUACCCUGUAUCAUAUUGUUUUCCGCCCGUCAGCGACGCUAAGACCCAGUAACUUUUCGGAAUUUCUGUACCCGAUCAUUUCAAGCUGCUCCUGGGUGACCAGGCCGCUCUUCUCAAGAUCUUGCAUAAACUGACGACCCUCCUCAUUCUUCGCGAACGGAUAGUCUACCGAGAAGAGGAUAUGGUCCACCGGGGUGUUGCGCAGAAUGCACGCCAUCGGAUUGACGGACCAG